GAAAACAUGGACACUGUCAUUCAGACUUACUGAGGGUAUGGCUGUUUAUAUCACUACUGAUAAUGUGGCCUACAUUUCUGGUUCCAGCCGUAGUUUGUGCCUGGUCUCUGGUCUUUGGGUUAGUUUAGGAGGACUCCUAGUGGUCAGAUAAACCCCCUCCAUCUGCUGCUGCUUGUUUUUACUUUGCUUCAGUUUAUUGACACAUCAGAAACUUAUUUCCACUGGAAAGUGUGUGAGUGCAGUUCAUGAACCUCCAUCAGAUCCACACGUUAAAUCCCGGUAAAGUCAGUGCAGUGGCUUCAGUCCUGCAGGGUGGAGCUUUCUCUGGAGUUUUAAACUCGUCCCAGUUUCCUUCAGAGAAAACAGACCAGUCUCUCUCUCUUCACCCAGACCGUUAGUCUCUCAGCAGCUGCGACGUCAUCGGUCCUCCUCCUCCUCCUCCUCCUCCUCCUCCUCCAUGUUUCCCUGGAGGAGGAGAGGUCUUCAGAGAGGAGAGAGGGAGGACAGAGGGACGCAGAGCAGACAGGACUCGGACAGACUCCUCUGAGGUCGAUUCUCCUCCGCCGUCAUGUUGGACACGCUCACCUUCCUCCUGGAGAAGCUCUUCCUCCUCGCCCACAUCAAGCUGUCCAGCCUGCUGCCUCCUCUGGGCGCAGAGCGCGGGGACGCGCCGCUCACCAGGCGCUGUGACCGGGACGAACCUCCGCCGCAGCCCGCCGGAGCUCCGCAGAAGUUCCAGCGGGGAGACCUGCUGGAGGUCCCACGGACUCUCUUCACACACUUCGGCAUCUACCUCGGCGACAACCGGGUGGCGCACCUCAUCCCGGACAUCCUGCCGGUGCUGACGGCCGACAGCCGGCAGAUCCAGGAGAUGGUGACCAACACGCGGCUGCUGCUCGGGGUGCUCUCCAAGCGCGCCAGCAUCCGGGUGGACUCGGUGGAGGACUUCGCGUACGGAGCCGGGAUCCUGCUCAACGCCAUGGACCGGGCGGUGCGCCGGAGCCCGCUGUCCGGGGAGGAGGUGGCCCGGCGGGCGGAGCGCCUGGUCGGCACCGUGUCCUACAGCCUGCUGUGGAACAACUGCGAGCACUUCGUCACCUACUGCCGCUACGGGACGGCGCAGAGCCUGCAGACCGACAAGUUUUGUGAGUGGCUGAAGUUGCUGAUCCGGGACCAGCGUAACGUCCUCCUGACGGCGCUGCUGGGGCUCCUGUCCAUGGUGUGUUUGGGGAUAUCCUCCAGCACCACCCUGCCCACCCUCCUCAUCCCCUUCACUCUGUGGAUGGCCAGCUAGAAGCUUCAGGACAACACCCGCUGUCACAGCUGGUUUCAAACCACUGUGCUGGAUGACUGACAUAAAACACGUAGUCAUCUGCAAACAAUUUCAUACAAACUUAACACCACAGUGACUGAACGUAAAUCCAUUUGUAGCCCUAUCCUGCUGUGCAUGAACUGAUUGGUUUUAAUGUCUAUGUUUUUAGAAUAAACAGGGGAGGAAGCUAGUUAGCUAAUGCUUAAAGAACUUAGCACUAGCUGCAUUAGCAACCACGACUGAAGUGAUAGAUAAAAGAAAUUAAAAACACAUAAAAGACUAAAACAAAGAACAAAAACAUCACCCACUCUGUUUGAGUGACAGGUAAUUAUUUUUUUUUUUACCAACAGAGACAGAGGCAACUUUAAAACAAUUAAAGGCUUGUGGUUUUCAAACUUUAAACUGUGACGUUAAAGGGACCAAAAAUCAUUGAAUAAUUACAAAUUUUAACUGAAGCUGCAGGUUUUGUUUUGAAAGAAUGAUUGACGACAUGACUUCCCUCCACAGAAAACCACAAAGUUAGUGAAUGAAACAUACAUUUUUUAAAGAAUUUGACAUUUAAAUAUUAUCUCUCAGAUUAAACACAUAAUGUCAGAGGUGUGAAAAAGCUUGGUUGCCAUGUAUUUUUCAAGAAGUGCAAAACUUCCUAAAACCACACAUGGCUCAGGUGACAGUGUUUUUAACCACAUCUUGGUCUUAAAAGCUUUUGAAAAAAUCUUGUUGCUGGACCUUGAGUUAAGGUUUUUAUUGUUUAUGUGACAUUUCUACUACUCAGCACUAGUUGUGUUUUCAGUACAGUGUUGUCUGAAUUUACACAUUUACUCUGAGAAACUGAAACAGGCUGUAACAAUAAGACUUUUCCUGUCUUAACCUUGUGGAUCACAAUGUGUUCGUUUCAGCCCUGAAGCUCUUCUGUAAAUAUCUGUACAUACUCUUCACGACCUGAUUGUUUUCUAACAGUCACAAACUUUUAUACAGAAUUUAUUUUUUACAAUGUUGUAACACUUUAUACUGUGUUUUAUGUAAAUAAAGGAAGUGGAAGUAGA